CGAUGACGCCAUUCGGACGCGACGAAUGGCGUCAGCGUCAUGUGACACAGAUUAGUCUCAGAGUAGAGCAUUCGAACGGAGACAUGCCACAAACAAAAAUGGCUGAAAUCUAACACUUCCUUACUUCCGCUAUAACUGCCUGUUUGGGUGAGGACGCUACCCGUGUGCGCCGAGGUCCAGGUACAUGUGAACGUCCCUUAACUAACACAGAUGACUUUUUAAGAAGAUCCUUUCUGCUGCAUUAAGCUUUGUAACAUCAAAGCUACAGCCAUGAAGAUUGCAGUGGAAGGGUGCUGUCAUGGUGAGCUGGAUAAAAUCUAUGAAACUAUCCAGUUUCUUGAGAAGAAAGAGAACACAAAAGUAGAUCUGCUGCUGUGCUGUGGAGAUUUCCAAGCUGUGAGAAAUGAGGGGGACAUGAAAUGUAUGGCUGUACCACAGAAGUAUCGCCAAAUGCAGACUUUCUACAAAUAUUACUCUGGUGAGAAACUGGCCCCUAUUCUAACAAUCUUUAUUGGAGGAAACCAUGAGGCAUCAAACUACCUCCAAGAACUACCUUAUGGAGGCUGGGUUGCACCAAAUAUUUACUACGUGGGCUAUGCAGGGGUGGUAAAAUAUCGUGGAGUGAGAAUAGGUGGAAUAUCUGGAAUAUUUAAGUCACAUGACUAUCGAAAAGGUCAUUUUGAACGACCACCUUACAGUAAGGACACUGUAAGAAGUGCCUACCAUGUGAGGAACAUAGAGGUCUUUAGGCUAAAGCAGUUAAAAGAACCCAUGGACAUUUUUAUGUCACACGACUGGCCUAGAAGCAUCUAUCACUAUGGAAACAAAAAACAGCUUCUAAAAAAGAAGGAUUUCUUCAGGCAGGAGGUAGAGAACAACACUCUGGGGAGUCCAGCAGCUUCGGAACUUCUACUCCACAUCCAGCCAUCGUACUGGUUUUCUGCCCAUUUGCAUGUGAAGUUUGCUGCUUUUAUGCAGCAUCAGACUAAUGUAGAAGGAGAAAUACCCAAAGCCACAAAGUUCUUAGCAUUGGAUAAAUGUCUGCCACACAGAGAAUUCUUGCAAAUUGUGGAUGUGGAACAUGAUCCUGGUAAGCCUGACUGCCUUGAGUAUGAUUUGGAAUGGUUGGCUGUUCUUAAAGCCACCAAGGAUCUUCUAAACAUAACUUCAAAGACUUGGAACAUGCCAGAGAAUAAUGGUCUCCAUUCCAGGUGGGAUUUUAGUGCCUCUGAGAAAACUAAGAGAGAAAUUUUGGAUGAUCUGGGACAUGACAUCAAGAUCCCUUGCAACUUCUGUAUGACAACAGCUUGCUAUGACCCCAACAACCCACAAUACAAGAGGGUGGCUACUCACAUUGUAAACCCACAAACAACAGAAUUCUGUGCCAGACUGGGACUUGUAGACCUAAAUGCCAAAAUCCGCCAGCAUGAGGAAGAGGGAGACAUUGAUAUCACAGAGGAUAAUGAAGCAGACAGUAUUGGGUCUGCAGAAGACCCUGGUGAAUACAGCACAGACACUUCACUUCUCUCAACUUCUAUCAAUCCUGAUGAAAUUGCUUUAGAAGAUGAUGACGAUCAAGAAGAUGAAGGUAUGGCAGAAAAGUUAGGCGAACCUUCUCCCGAUUAUACACCUGAUCUCUCCAUAAACUUUUCCAACAUUCGGGUGCUGCCUGAUUCUAUGGCUGUAUCUUCAGAUGAUGCUACAGAUUCUACAAACGAUGAGCUUGAUCGUUCUGAGAGCAGCCAGACUGAAGGAGAGGGGAAACAGUCCAACAGACCAUUGAAGAGGAUGAGCAAUGAGAAUGGGAGUGGUGGGGUAAAGAUUAAAAGGCGAAAUCAAGCUAUAUACCAAGCUAAAGAUGAUGAAGAUGAGUAAAGCAAGAUUAAUUUCCUGUUUUCUUCAAUAAUACUUCAUUUUCUGUCAGUGUAACUUAUUUGCUGACAGUGAUGUAUUUAUAGUGAGCUGCAUCCUUACCCAUACAUGUAAAGAUUAAUUGCCUAUUGGUUUGUGGGGCAAAAGGUAAAUUAUUUUCACUUUUGUGCCUGUUUUACAUUUACUUUUAACAUUGAAUUGCUGGCAUCAAUAUAAUUUCCUGCAGGUUUUAUAUUUUAAUUUGUCUGUACCUGUUAUUUAUGCUUCUUCCCUACAUAGCACUGUGCAUUAGCAGCUUCUGUAAACAUAUGUUUUUAUUUUGUUUUGUUUUAAUUUGCUGUUUCUUAAUGCACAUGCAGUAUUUGUAUAAGGAAAAUAUGUGAAAUAAACAGGGGCUGUUUUAGCAAA